GCACCUUGGAACAAAAUGGAAAAAAAUCUGAACUUUAUCACUUUUAUCCCUAAAGGUCCUACAUUAUUCCAAUUUAUCCUUCAUUUGAAUCCCUAAAUGUCCCGGUAAUAUAUCUUACAUUUUGUUUUAUCCCAUAAUGUCCCAGAAAACCAACAUUUGUACACAUACUGUAUUUAAAUGUGCAAAAUCUCAUAAACAAGACAAACAUAACAACUUUUUAUAGUAAAAGUUGUCAAAAUUUUAUAUUUUUAAUUUAGUUUUAGGGUAGUUAUAUAAUUCGAAUAAAUGGAGGGAGCUGCAGCAAAUAAAUUAGUUGAUCAAGAACUGAAAAUAAAUCUGGCAGCAUUGAGAAAAAGCGAUCGAUUUGUUCUUGACAUCUUGGAGACUUCAGCUCAGGUUGCGCUCUAUAAAUUUGAUCCAGUGAAACAAGAAUGGGUAAGCAAUUAUAUUUAGUGUUGCAGAGUGAUGCAAAAAGAUGAUGUAGUGGUUUAAUGAUAGACUAUAUAUAUAUAUAUGGAAUAGAGUAGUAAUAAUGCAUUAAAGACUCCCCCCUUGUCAAGUAAAAUUGUCUGGUGUCAUGGACAGAAUAAAAUAAAGUCAGGAGCAUUUUGAUAAUUGCAACUUAAUGGGUUAACAAGACACAUAUUGGCAAAUACUGUCGCUUGUAACUACGGAUGAACGGUUGCAUGACAAUUUGCAUAGGCAGCCCACUAAACGACUGAAUUUAAAUUAAAACUGCAGUGAAAUUAUAAAAUUUAACGAACAUAAUCAAAAAUUAGUGAAAUAUAUUGCGAAAUGUAGCUUAUAUUAAAUCGCCACUCGAUUGCACUAUCGGUGAACUGACGUAUACAGAGUAUACCUUGGUAUACUUCACGGAUAAUAGCAUAUUUCUUUUUUCCAUGGGUGUUUGGAAUCACUUGUGGUUUUAGCAGAGAUUUUGCCGAAAACCGUGUGAUUUGGAGACUUAAUCAUGAGAUCGUGAGAAAGCAUGAAAAAUUGUGAGUUUCACGAUUAAAUCGUGAGACUUGGCAGGUCUGGCUUGAAUGUAAGAUAACCGACACUUAUAUGCCUUAUGCUCAUUUACAGGAAAAAACUGAAGUAGAAGGAAGUCUGUUUCUAUAUAGAAGGUAUUGAUACUGGUAUACCUGUACUACAUGAUUGACUCUCCCAUCAAUUUUCAUGAACAAGUGCCAACAAUUAUUUCAGUUAUGAUUGACGGCCAUCAUCUCAAAGACAUCAAAAAUAUAUGUUUUAUUCAGGUCAACAUUACCAAAAUUUGCACUGAUGAUAAUGAAUAGAUUGAACCGAGAAAACCUCAACGAAACUAUCACAAAAGAAAUGGAAUUCAAAGUUCAGAAACCAUUUCUGCUGUACAAGAACUCAUCGAGUAUGUUAAUUUAUGAUUAUUAGCAUAAUAGUAUUGCCAGAGGCAGUAGAUUGCAGGGACGUGCUGGCUAGCUAGGGACAAGCUGACGAGAACUUGUUGUGGGCCCCUGCCAUCAUAUGGGCCCCUAAAAUUAAAAAAUUGGAAAUGAUAAAAAAUAUAGAUUUUAAUUUUGAAAAUUUCGAUUAAGAUAUUACAAUUUAUAUUUUAAAAACGUAAAGUUGCGAAAAUAUUACCGAAAAUUUUUUGUGAAAAAAACAUAAAUUAGUGACUGAAAUGUUUCAUGUUGGAACAGUAAUACCCCCCACCCCAAUCUUGAUCAAUCCAUCACUGGGCCUGGGCCCCAUCGAACACUGCUCAUUCGUCGUCCUUUUCAAGACCCCAGCACGUCCCGGGUAGACUGGCCAGUUGAAACAAACAAAGUCAUUCUCCUUUCAAUUACUUUUAGUGGAUAUUUUGGGUAUUUGGUUCAAUAAUACAGAAAAAUGUUCAAAAGUUGGUGAACAGAUCACAAGGUACAAAGUGUUGAGAGUUUCCCGGGGUUAGUAAGGUAUAGGCAGGGCUUGAAAUAACAUUCCCAAAGUUCCCGAUCAUGAUGACUGGGGGACCCUCAGUGUUAUCAAUUACAAACUAGCUUAGCAGAAAGUGGCAACAUGCUAACAACACCAGAAUGUAAUUUGUGUAAAAUAUUAAUAGUUAUAAUAUAUUUUAUGCUGUAAAUUUUAGACUUUAUGCGUCACCACCACCUCCACAAUUGAAGGUAAAGAAUUAUGUGCAAAAACAUGGAACCCAUCUUCCAACCAUAUCAUGCAGGAACCCAUCUUCUAACCAUAAAUAGUCAUAAUAGUACCGUACCAUACAUAAAAAGAAAUAUCUGUACUCAUUUUUUAAAAUUUAUUUUUUAUUAACUUUACAAUCAUAUUAUAUAAAAAAUACGCAAUAUGAGUGAGGGAUAUGGACAACAGAACUAGAAUCCCAUACAAAGUCCAUCCAUCUAACACUAAAACACGACAUAUUACGGACUACAAUGUGGACAACGUAAUACUGACUUUACAGGCCUUUACACUAUAUAAAACAUGCAAGAAUAAAUACUGCACUUAUUUGCGAGGUUCACAUUUGACUCCCACCACCACCAAUAGUGAGGUUAAGAUUGACGUUUACCACAGACCAGUAUCCCAGGAAAUUCCCCCCCCCCCUUCGGAAAUUUGGCCCCCUUGAAAACAUAGUUUACUUUAUCGCUAUAAGCUCGGAAAUCGUGAAGCUCUUCUAAAACCAAGAUGCUAAAAGUGUUUGUCAGUAUUUAUAGUUAGUUUGCAUAAUUUAUUUGUGUCGAAAUUCUUCAUUGCGGCCAAGAGCUAAAAGUUUGAAGGAAAGCGUAAUAAUUUGAGAUCAACUGUAAGCUGUUCGAAGUUAGGACAAUUUGUGCAUUGAAAUUAAAGAAUGAAUUGACUAAAAACCUGUCGAAACCUUCGGAAACUUGUAGAACUUACCUUCAAAUGCGAAUUGAAAUUUCCCGUUUGCGGUUACCGGAAAACGUCAAUCUUAAGUCUCUUAACCUCCCUCAUAUUAACCCUUUGAGCUCCUGAGUACUCUCCCCUUUAAUGCACAAGACUCACAUUGAUGAGUAAAUGUAAAUCGUCUGGUGUUAGACAGAAUAAAACAAUGAAGUAGGGACUAGGGUGCAUUACAGCUUAGUGGGAUAAUGCAGUUUGUAUACUGUAUAUUCUUCAGACUGAAGAAAAAGGUCCAAGUAUUUUGGAACUAUUUGCAAGUGCACAAAGAAAAUAUGAUGACGAAAAUAAGGUUAGGUCUAGUACCAAUGUUUUAUAUCUUAACUUACCAAUCACUAAUGAACUAUAUAAUUAUCAAAUGAAUGAAUGAAAAAGCAAAGAUUGAGACAAAUAAUAUAUAUAACAUAAAAGUUCGAUCUGCUUAGGUAUAUGAAAAUGGUGUUGGCGAUUCAUCCUCAUCAUCUCAGCCACAAAAUAUUCACAGAAAUGGCGAGAAGACACGAUCCAUGUCAUUGACUGCAGUUCCUCCAACACGUUCAUCUCCGUCAUGCCUUCUCCCUGCUGCCGUUGAAAACGAAGAGACGCAAUCUCAAGCACUUCGUGACCCCUGCAUUGUGAAGAGUUCUCCAUUACGACCUUCGCCAAACCUUCUGUCUCGUUCGCUGCCAAACAAUGCAAAGAAGACAACCCAAAGACAGGUAAAUGUUUGGGAUUUAUCCAGUUAUCCUUGGUUAGUUGGUUAUGUAUAAUCAGAAUUUAUGCAGGUUGCCAGCCUCCCGAUACAAAAAUUGAGGACUGUUAUUCAAAUCAAGGACUAAAGUCUAAAAUGAAUUUUUUCAAGAACUUUUCAAGCACCCUUGAAAUUGAUUUUGAAUUUAGGCACUUUUUAAGAAGCUCAAGACCUGCACGAACCCUAAUCCUACAUAUAGUUGUAUAUGAAUAGAUUAUAUAUUGUAGAUAGAAGGUGUAAAUGCUAUUGCCCAUAUCCUAUAUGUGUACGUAGUACCCUGUUAACACAAGUUUUCAUCAGUACUCAUGAUCAGUAUACGACUUAACCUGACGUUCGAAUUAACUUGAAAAUAUUACGUCACAUUGCGUCAUUAUGUUUGCCUCUCUAAUUAUGUAACCAUAGUUUAUAGAGUUAACUAUGUAACAUGCCCCUAUAUGUAACAUCACGUUACCACCCCUGCUAAGAGGCCUGCGGAGGAGGCUACUUUUGGUGUAUGUAAUUUAGAGCCCUCUAAUUCAGCUGCAUUGUGAUUGGCUGCUUUGGGGGCCAUGGCAACACAUCUUCUUAGGGCCAGCCUUAGAGUUCACUGGGGCCAGCUUUCUCCGCUGGCUUUCUCUGAUAAUCGCUUGUUAUAGCCUGCAAUCUCGUUCCCAGAGUAUGCCUGUUCGCGGGUUAGGCACAGCCUCGUCCCUGGCGCUGCCUUUGAUGUGCUUACUGGUUGCGUGACGCACGCGCGGGAAUCGAGGUGCGUUGCUCACUACCUUUCCCCCCACGCGUGUCCUCCCGCGCGCGCGUCACGCAAACAUCAAAGCGCCGGGGACGAGGCUGGGUUAGGCAUACUCAGGGAACGAGAUUGGUUAGCCUGCGAACAGAGAGUUCAAAGAGAGCCUGUUCGCAGGCUAAUCGCUGGUUGUUUUAUAGUACAUUGAAAUUGUAUGAUAGAAAUCUUAGUUUUCCUGAAAAUUUCAAGCCGAAAUUAGCUGUUUUAGUAUCAUAAAGAUUUGUUUUGUUAUUUUGAAUCGUAAUAUGAAAUAAUAAAUGGGAAAUAUUAGGAACAGAAAGAGAAAAAAGGCUAGAAAACCGCCAUCAAAGAAGUCGAAAAUUUUCAAACAUGGCGAACCUUGUGUGAACAACUUAACUGGACCUUCUGGAGCCAUAAUUGACACGCAGAAAGAAUCGUUUGUGAGUAAUUCUGCAAAUGUCGACACUGUUAAGAAAGGAGCAAUAUUUAUGGACUUAUCCAUACCAGGGAUGGAUUUGCCCUAGCCGGCCAGAGGGGGUGCAGGGGGGAGUGCUAUUUUUCAUGUUAAAGCAAAAAAUUAUUAGAGACAGAAUGAGAUACAGUAAUUUGAGUAAUAACAUGAUGAUAAGUGAACUGUGAACAACAAUUACAAUUCAAAUACAGUAGUCAAGCAAGACUUUGCAGUAGUGAAGCAAGUUGAUGGGCGGGCGGCACACAUGACCGACACAACUCGGCACCAAAGCUGGCGGAGCACCCCCCCCCCCCACCAGAUCAUGCUGGAUCCAUCCCUGAUCCAUACUAUUCUAUUUUCUGUCUUUGAUGACAUUUUAAGAUGUUCAAGAGUGUGUAUUUCAUAAUUUCCAUUGCAUCCCCCCUCCCCCCACUGGGCACAAUAGGGGCAUUUGCCAUUCGUAAUUUUCCCCAGGGGCUGGCAUUUGUUGUUGAGAAAGUUUAAAGUGAUGGGGCAUUUGAUUCCAUUUUACACAAUGACGACAGGGAUUUGACCACAACUAAAAAACUUUUUGUUUACCUAACAUCACAGAAUACUACACAGAAGUCCAUCUCCAUUGCUUUUUGCAUAAGCUCUAUUUGUCAUGAUUCGUCACUUAGCAAGUACCGUACACAGAAGCAGUCACCCCCUAGACGUGCGCCAUUUUUAGUAUUUCCAGGGGGGGGGGGGCUGCUUCUGUUUACGGUACUUGCUGAGUGACGAACCAUGAAUGAAUAGAGCUUAUGUAAAAAGCAAUGGAGAUGGACUUCUGUGUAGUAUUCUGUGCCUAACAUGAAGAUUAUUAUAGAUAGACUUGUUUCCCGCUGACACAAGAAACCACAGGCUUUAACGUGUCAAUCAAAAGCACAUCUUUUGCUUUUGGGUUUUCAAGAAAAUGGCAAAAUUUUUAUUAUGAACGAUUUUCAAAGUCGAAAUGUGAAUUUGCAGAAAAAAUAUAAUGGAUAUAAAUAACAAUUACUAGACACUUUUAAACAAAAUUUUAUGUGUAUCUUUUUAUGUUGAUCACCUAUAGUUAUUUACCCAAGAAGUUCCACCUACAGUACCAAAUCAGUUUCCAAGCGAAAAAUUUCCGUUCCCAUCUGCACCUUCCCAGAAUGCAUCAUCUACCAAAAUUGCUUCAAGUAAACCAGUUGUGACAAAGCAAAGAUCAAGUACUGACCUGAGUACUGGAGCCACUCCUCUUAUGUCUCCGAUGGCAUUUAAAACUACCAAAAGUCAAUCGAAUGCUCCAAAAGAUACAAACGUCGAGACGCCAGUGUUGACUAAAGAACAGCUGCAAGAAACCCUGAUUGCUCUUCUAGAGGUAGGUCACUGAAGAUGAACAUGGUGAUGAAGGUGGUGAUGAAGAUGGUAAAUGUGUGAUGAAAUGGUGAAUGUGUGAUGAAGAUGGUGAAUGUGUGAUGAAGAUGGUGAAUAUGGUGAUGAUAUGGUAAAUGUGUGAUAAAGAUGGUGAUGAAAAUGGCAAAUGUGAUGAAAACGGCAAAUGUGGUGAUAACGUGAAUUGGUGGUGAACCUGUUGAUGUAUAUCACGAAUGUAGAGAUGAUAUUGCCAAAUGGAGAGAUCCAUAUCUGAUAAUAUAGUAAAUGUGCUUGUCUUGACAAUUGAAAAUAAUAAUGAAUGAAAUACAACAUAUUAUAAUGUAGUAAUAGAACAGAUUUUUGGUUUCAAAACAUUUACAAUUUAUAUUCUUCUUUGUUUCCAGAGAGAUUCAGAUUUCAUAGACAAGAUUCAUUCAGCUUAUUUGAAGAACAUCAACAGAUGAAAAACAAAAAGAACCCUUUAUAUCAAAGUGUUUGCAAAAGAAAGAUGAAUUUAAGAAUGUUAAGUUCAGCCUGGACCCUGGUUAUGACAGGAUGACGGAGACCGACCUUGCAGCAAUGCUGUACUACUACGUUGCCAGCUUGGACUAUCCUUUAGUUUACAAUUUAGAGCCUGGAACAGUACGUUUAUUGGUUUGUAAAUUGUAAGAUAGGGUUAGAAUAGUAAAAAUGAUAACAGCAUAUUCACCACAUCACCAAUAACAUGUCAAAAAUUUAAUUUAAUUUUUUAUUAUAAACAAUUUAUAUUGUAGGACAGUUAUCAAACGGUUAUAUCUAAGUAGUGCUAACAAUUCAGCUACGUUCAUACAAAACUGUAUAAAUUUGGAACCACACACAAAUUUAUUUGUUUCAACUUAUGUUUGUGAUGUUGUCUCAAAGUGACUAGCAAACCAAAAGGUUGCGGGUUCGAUGCCCACCGUGGUCAAGCAAAUGUUUCAGCUUGCCUGGUGUGAACACACCCGGAGACCACAUCAAAAACAUAUAUCUUCACCUGACUGAAUAACACCAGAAAUAGAAAAAAUUGUUUCCACUUGUUCAUGCAGGAAUUCACUUGUAAUGCUGUGCUCAAAUUUAUCCAGUUUCACACAAAGCCAAACCGUACAAAUUUGAGUACAAUGAAUGAUAAUGAAUCUUACAGUAAACAUGAUGUUGUUAAUGUAGCAUGAAUGAUAGAGCCAAAAUGACAGAUGUGUGAAUGUCAGAUGUGUGAAUGUAGCAAGCAACCCAAGUGUUUUAUAUAGUAUUUAAAAUAUGUUUUACUGUAAUGAUCCUGAAUCUACACUUUUUAAUUGGCCUUCCUUACUCUCACCAGACCCUUACCCUCACAGGUUGGGUUGCCAAUUUAGUACAUAUGUAUCAGCAACUAAGAGAGGGGGGAGAGGAGUCAAAAUUGUUCUGUCUUGUAUAUGCCUAUUGUUAACUAACCUCAUUUCGGUUGUCGUUUGUGUACAAGAUCUAUCGGAUAGAAAUCAGUAACCAUUUUGUUUGUACGUAAUUUGUAAAUUUUAUGCAGCUCAGCCACAGUAGGCUGCAACGUAAAAUUCUAUUAAAUGCUGAUUGGCUAAGAGCUGUGUUGAUAUAACUUAAUAUCAACAUGGACAAUUUCUUUCUUUCUUUUCCCAAUUCCCACAGGUGUUGAUAUAACAGAAAAAUGUUUUAUAUUUGACAAAUAUGUGUGUGGAAAUUGGGAAAACGACUAAAUGAGAAAUUUUGUCACAAUUUCGAGUGUUGCACAAAGAAAUAUAAAGAAAUUUUCCAACAUUUCUGUGUUGACAUUGAGUUAUAUCAACACGGCUCUUAGCCACAUCGUGUUCAGAAUUAACAAAUUCUAUAUUAUAAUUGUGAAAUAUUAAAUACAAGCGUUAAAAUGAAUGACUUUAUGUGUGAAAGCUGCAAAAUAAUAUUUACAAAGAUAUAUAUAUAACAAAUGUACACUAGCAAAAUGUUAAUUCAACAUAACCAUUGUCGACAGUUAGCAGACUUACACUGACAUUUCAUACGCCUGCUCGACGGUUUUGGUGGACUUUCGUUAUUCCCAGUCAUGAGGUAAUCAAACGUCAGCUCUUCGCCAGGCUGGAUAUCACGGGUGGCAAACAGGGCAAUGUGGGGUAGGUGGGGAUCUACAAUGUCUAUCCAUACACCAUAGACAACUAAGUUUGGAUCACACUGAAAAUUUAGAAAUUGUUUUCUUAGGGAUGAGCUGGUCACACAAUGAGAAUGGAGUUUUUCAGAAACUUAAUAGCACUAUUGACGAGAGGCGAUAUAAGGCGAGACUUUUU